GCUCAAAGACUGGCAUCAGUCUUUAGAUGCUGCUCUUGAAUGCCUGGUCGGGAACCAUCGAGAUGAGAUGGUUUUCACGGACCCGCAGAUACGACAGAAGAUCAAAGAGUCAGAGAGAAAGCACGGCCACACAGGAGUCAAUUUGCUCGAGUUUCGCCUGCCCCACAUGACGCGUGCCAAAGCCUGGUUUCGAGCAUCACAGUGCUAUGGACAUCUCGAUUUUCUGGACAAAGCCAAAGAUGCCCUGGCCAAGGCGCUGGAAGCAUGUGACGAUCAAAGUCUAAUUGCUGAAAUCUCACAGCAUUCUCUUCGCCUAGAUACGCUGGAAAGACUUCAGAAAGACAAGCAGAAGAAGCAGUUUGCCGGUUUUUGGGACAAAUUCCAGGAGCGCGGUGGUUACUCAGAUGAGAAGAACCAACCUCAGGAUUGGGACAAACUGAAGUACUGGGAACGCUUCAAGCAUGUCGAAGACUAUGAGGAACAAUAUAUGUAUGUUGAUGCGGAGCGUGCAAAGCAACAGGACUGGCCGAGUCACAGCAAAGGCCACGCAGCUGAGCUUUUGCACCACCUCCCUCCUGGUGCAAAAUGGGACACAGCCGUCAAGGGAUUGACCAAGAAGAUGUACCGCAACAUCGACAAAAGCUUCGAGGACUACCUCGAAAAUAAGAAGAACCUCGGAACUGCUGAAGAGGAGUAUGAGCGCCACUACAACAAUUAUGCUACUCAAGAGAAGGCUUGGGCAGAGCGUGCUAGCGCUGAGGUCUUAGACUCUGAAGAAGAGCAAGAGUUGCAAGAGGCACGUGACCGAAUGGCCCAGCAACGGUGGGAGCGCCUCAACAAAGAGAAGAAAGCUUGGUUGGAGGCGCUGGAUGAUGACGAUUAG